AUGAGUGUUUUGCGUAUGCUCCCUCGCGCGACUGGCUCGGGCGCCCCGAAGCAGGCGCUCCGCUCGGUGUCGACGCUGACGGCCCAGACGCCCCGCCCAACCAAGGUACGAGCAUCGGACGAAGCCCGAGCUAACGCACAGGGACUGACCAAGUACGGUGGCGUGUACACCGCCACGCUGAUCCCCGGUGACGGUAUCGGCAAGGAGAUCACCGGCUCGGUGAAGGAGAUCUUCGACAAGACCAACGUGCCGAUCGAGUGGGAGGAGUUCGACCUCUCGGGUGAGAUGCAGGGCCACGAUUCGCUGUUCCAGCAGGCCAUGGACAGCCUGCGCCGCAACAAGGUCGGUCUCAAGGGCACGCUGUUCACCCCCACGGGCGCCGGCUCGCACAACAGCUGGAACGUGGCGAUGCGCCAGCAGCUCGACAUUUACGCCUCGAUCGUGUUCUGCAAGACGCUCGACGGUUUCCCGACGCGCCACAAGGACGUCGACUUCGCCAUCAUCCGUGAGAACACGGAGGGUGAGUACUCGGGUCUCGAGCACAGCCCCUCGCCCGGGAUUGUCGAGUCCCUCAAGGUGUCGACGCGCUUCAAGGCGGAGCGUAUUGCGCGCUUCGCGUUCGACUUUGCGCUGAAGAACAACCGCAAGCAGGUGACUUGCGUGCACAAGGCCAACAUCAUGAAGCUCGGUGACGGUCUCUUCCUCAACACCUUCCGCCGUGUCGCCGAGGAGUACAAGAGCGCGGGCAUCGCGGCCAACGACAUGAUCGUGGACAACACAUCGAUGCAGCUCGUCGGCCGCCCCCAGCAGUUCGAUGUCAUGGUCAUGCCCAACCUGUACGGCAACAUCGUCUCUAACAUCGGCGCCUCGCUCGUCGGCGGCCCCGGUAUCGUGCCUGGUGCCAACAUCGGCCGCGAGUACGCUCUGUACGAGCCCGGCUGCCGUCACGCUGCUAAGGACAUUAUGGGCACCAACAAGGCCAACCCCGCGGCGAUGAUCCUCAGCGCGACGAUGAUGCUCCGCCACUUCGGCCUCGACUACCAGGCCAACCAGAUUGCGGCUAGCGUGUACCGCGUCCUGGCCGACGGCAAGGUGCGCACCGCUGACAUGGGCGGCAGCUCGACCACCCAGCAGUUCACCGAGGCCGUGCUCCAGGGCCUCUAG